AUGGCUGCUCUCACCAUGACUCCAACUCGGCAGCCCUUGGGCAGCCUCGACACGCCACGGAUGCACACUCUGAUGCGGUCGAAGCUGAACCGCCAAAACCUGCAAAAUGGAGCAGCACUGUCUGCUAAAAGCUCCAUCUUUGUCGAUGUCGACACCGAGAAUGUUGACCCAGCCCUGAGCCAGUCGGCCAAGCGCAAACGCACCUUCGAUGAGGAUGACAAGGGAUCUUCCAAGCCCGUCAAGACCUCGCGCAUGGUCCUGACCACUCGUGAUACCAACCGCUCACUCCAUGUCUCGUCGACUCCCCUCAAGAUCUCUCCCUCCACUCCGAAAUCCGCCCCGGUGCUUAAGCCCGCCGGCCGCUCCCCGCCGUCGAAAUCAUGCAAAUCCUCCGGUCGCCGGUCGAACAUCACCAAGGCCCGUCCGGAGCCCCCAAGCAAGCGCGGCGUCAGCCGUCCAUUCUCUCUGGCUACUGCCCUGUCGCAGAACAAGGCUCCCAAGCCCCAGCCCAAGGCACCUGCCUCGUGGUUCUUCGACAUCCACGUCGACUCCGAGCAGGAGGAGAUGACCAACCUGAUGCAGCACUCGACUAACGUGCUGGACAUCAGCGACGAUGAGACCAAGUCGCAACUCACCGACGGCCGUGGAAAGGAGAACAUGCCGCCUGUUGAGCUGGGGAUCGAGCUCCCUCAAUCUCGUCCCUCGUCCUCUACUACUGCUACCGCUGCCGCCGCCCGGAAAGACUCCAAGAUGGAUGAGGACCGUGCACCGCUGGGCGAGCUCAACGCCGCCGAUUACUAUCCCGAGGACUGCAAUGCCUUCUCGUACGCCGUGGUCUUCGGCGAGGACGAUACCCCCGAGUCGAAGAAGGCCCCUGCAUCGGCCCCGCCGGCCCAGCAUGCGCGCACCCUUCCUCCCGUCACAACCUCCAUUGCUUCUUUGCUGGACACGACCCCUGCUCCCAAACCUGCUGUGGACACCAAGGCUACCGAGUCAAUCGAUGCCGACACCGAGAUAAAGGAAACUCUCAACACCGAGACGCCAUCUUCUGACCCUUGA